AGUUAAGCCUUCCAAUGAAUGGAAGGUGACAUUUGUUGUUUUCUUUUAGAUUUUAGUUAAUUUUAAUUGUUAAGUUUUCUUUUUCUUUCUGUGAUUUAUUUAUUCUUCCAAAUGAUUAUAAUUAAUCGAUAUGGUGUGAAAAUUGUCUCUCCGUUAAUAUGCUGCCAUCGAUUUUGUUCCUCAUCCAGAAAAACCUAUCGAGAGAAACGUUUGUUAGGUUAUUCUAAGGAGCAAUUGUUUGACAUCGUCUCUCGUGUUGAAGAUUAUCAUUUAUUUUUACCUGCUUGUACUAAAUCAAUUGUUACCCAUCGAGAGACUAAUUUAGUUAAAGCUGAUUUAGUCAUUGGAUUUCCACCUAUGAUUGUGGAAAAAUAUACUUCACAUGUUGACCUGAAUCGACCUCAUUUGGUGCGGGCUCGAUGUUACGAUGGGCGUUUAUUUAAACACUUAAUCACUGAAUGGAAAUUUAGUGAUGGUAAACCUGGUAAUCAACGAUCUUGUACACUUGAUUUUUUCAUUGAUUUCGAAUUUAGAAAUGUCUUCUAUUCUAAGGUGGCUCAUACUGUUUUUGAUCAAUUAGUCCAUCAAACUGUUAAUUGUUUCCUAAAAAGAGCUAAAGAACUUUAUGGGAAACCUAGUAUUUAAUUAUCUCUCACAGAUUAGGUUAUUAAAUAUUUUUCUUUGUGUUGAUUGUAAAUUAUAUUCUAUUAUCAAGGAUAAAUUUCCAUCUUAACGAGAUUCAUGACACACUGUUCACCGAGAACAAUUUUACUUUCUGCUUGUGUUAUACUUAUUUUGUUUUUGUUGGAAGCUCAAAAUUGUACAACAAUUGAUUAUAAAUAUGUAAGAGCUUAUUAAAGAUUAAUUAUUUUGUCAAAUUUCA